AACCCCAGCGAGCGUUCAGAUCGUGGGCCGCAGGUCCCAGGAGCUAGCUCAAUAGGGAGCGGGAGGCCAAGCGACCAGAGUCGGAGUCAGAGUCGUAGUCGGAGUCUCGGGACCGGAGCCGGAGCCUGAUCCGCAGAGUGCAGCCCGCCCGCCCGUCGCCGCCCGCGCACCCGGCGCUGCCAGAGCCUCCAGCGCAGCGCGGCCAUGGAGCCCAGCAGCAAGAAGCUGACGGGCCGCCUCAUGCUGGCUGUGGGAGGGGCAGUGCUCGGCUCCCUGCAGUUUGGCUACAACACUGGAGUCAUCAAUGCCCCCCAGAAGGUGAUUGAGGAGUUCUACAACCAGACGUGGAUCCACCGCUACAGGGAGCGCAUCUCGCCCGCCACACUGACCACGCUCUGGUCCCUCUCUGUGGCCAUCUUCUCCGUGGGGGGCAUGAUUGGCUCCUUCUCUGUGGGCCUUUUCGUUAACCGUUUUGGCCGGCGGAAUUCAAUGCUGAUGAUGAACCUGCUGACCUUUGUGUCCGCUGUGCUCAUGGGCUUCUCAAAACUGGGCAAGUCCUUUGAGAUGCUGAUCCUGGGUCGCUUCGUCAUUGGUGUAUACUGCGGCCUGACCACUGGCUUUGUGCCCAUGUAUGUGGGGGAGGUGUCCCCCACAGACCUUCGCGGGGCCCUGGGUACCCUGCACCAGCUGGGCAUCGUCGUCGGCAUCCUCAUCGCCCAGGUGUUUGGCCUGGACUCCAUCAUGGGCAACCAGGAGCUGUGGCCCCUGCUGCUGAGCGUCAUCUUCAUCCCAGCCCUGCUGCAGUGCGUCCUACUGCCCUUCUGCCCUGAGAGCCCCCGCUUCCUGCUCAUCAACCGCAACGAGGAGAACCGGGCCAAGAGCGUGCUGAAGAAGCUGCGCGGGACCUCGGAUGUGACCCGCGACCUGCAGGAGAUGAAGGAGGAGAGCCGGCAGAUGAUGCGGGAGAAGAAGGUCACCAUCCUAGAGCUGUUCCGCUCGGCCGCCUACCGUCAGCCCAUUCUCAUUGCCGUGGUGCUGCAGCUGUCCCAGCAGCUGUCUGGCAUCAAUGCUGUUUUCUAUUACUCCACAAGCAUCUUCGAGAAGGCGGGGGUGCAGCAGCCUGUGUAUGCCACCAUCGGCUCUGGCAUCGUCAACACAGCCUUCACUGUCGUGUCGCUGUUUGUGGUGGAACGAGCUGGCCGGCGGACCCUGCACCUCAUAGGCCUGGCCGGUAUGGCAGGCUGUGCGGUGCUCAUGACCAUCGCGCUGGCGCUGCUGGAGCAGCUGCCCUGGAUGUCCUACCUGAGCAUCGUGGCCAUCUUUGGCUUCGUGGCCUUCUUCGAAGUGGGCCCCGGCCCCAUCCCAUGGUUCAUUGUGGCUGAACUCUUCAGCCAGGGCCCUCGCCCAGCUGCCAUUGCUGUCGCUGGCUUCUCCAACUGGACCUCAAAUUUCAUUGUGGGCAUGUGCUUCCAGUAUGUGGAGCAACUGUGUGGUCCCUAUGUCUUCAUCAUCUUCACCGUGCUCCUGGUCCUGUUCUUCAUCUUCACCUACUUCAAAGUUCCCGAGACGAAAGGCAGGACCUUCGAUGAGAUUGCUUCCGGCUUCCGGCAGGGGGGAGCGAGCCAAAGUGACAAGACACCCGAGGAGCUGUUCCACCCCCUGGGAGCUGAUUCACAAGUGUGAGGUGCCCCACACCACCAGCCCAGUCUGCUCCCAGCAGCCCAGGGAUCUCUCGGAGCACAGGCAGCUGGAUGAGACUUUCAAACUGACAAGAUCUCAGCAGAGCUGGGCCUGGGGCUCCUUCCUUCAGCCAGUAGUGAUGUCCAGAAGAAUAUUCAGGACUUUUAAUGGCUCCAGGAUUUUAACAAAAGACUGUUGCUCAGAUCUAUUCAGACAAGCAACAGGUUUUAUAAUUUUUUUAUUACUGAUUUUGUUAUUAUUUUUUUAUCAGCCAGAGUCUCCUUUAUCCACAUCCCUGGCUUCACCCUUAAUGGCUCAGUGCCUGAGGGUGGGGACCAAGCCCUGCCUAGACACUUGCCUUCUUUGCCAAGCUAAUCUGUAGGGCCGGACCUAUGACCCAAGGACACACUAAUCGAACUACGAACCAUGAGUCUUCUACCCCAAGAGGUGGCUCUGGCCACUCCUUCUGUGGGCCUGGGUCUCCCCACCUAGGGAAUCAGGCUCCAGGAUCAGGCUCCAUUAGGAUUCGCCCAUUCCUGUCUCUUCCUACCCAACCACUCAAAUUAAUCUUCCCUUGCCUGAGACCAGUUGGGAGCACUGGAGUACAGGGAGGAGAGGGGAAGGGCCAGACUGGGCUGCCAGGUGCUAGUCUCCUUUGCACUGAGGGCCAGACGAUCACCAAGAGAGGAGGGCCAUGGGAAACUGAGAACUCACUAUUCAAGAAGACGUGAACACUCCUGCCCUGCUGUGUAUAGUUGGAAGAUAUUUAUAUAUAUUUUUUGGUUGUCAAUAUUAAAUACAGACACUAAGUUAUAGUAUAUCUGGACAAACCAACUUGUAAAUACACCACCUUACUCCCUCUGUAACUUA